CCUCUCGUAAAUGGCUUAAAACACAAGUUUUCUUUCUUUCUCUCAAGAUAAUUAUAACCCUUUCUAAUUUACUUACCUCUUUAUAAGCAACCUUGGAGGUAUACUGGUGGCAUUGUCACAAAAUGCAAGCCUCCGGCUGCUUUCUCUUGCUCUUGUUCCUUCUCUUUUCUUCGACAUCUUUUCUCUCGCACGCAAUCUCCAAUGAAGAAGCAGCUAAUAUCGCUCGUCGUCAAUUGUUACACCUAGAAGAAAACGACGACUUACCUGAAAAUUACGCGGAAACUGUUAAAACAGAAUUCACGUUUCCUAAUCCCAAUCUUAAACGCGCUUAUGUAGGGCUUCAAGCAUGGAAAAAAGCUAUGUAUUCUGAUCCAACAGGCGUUACCAAGAAUUGGGUAGGGCCAGAUGUUUGUUCUUACGAGGGAGUUUUCUGUGCACCUUCUCUUAAUGAUCCGAAAAUUGAAGUUGUAGCUGGGAUUGAUCUUAAUCAUGCAGACAUUGCAGGUUACAUUCCUCCUGAGAUUGGGUUGUUAACAGAUCUUGCUCUCUUUCACAUUAACACAAACAGGUUCUGUGGGAUUAUUCCGAAAAGUUUUUGCAAGUUAACACUUUUGCAUGAGGCGGAUAUUAGUAACAACCGUUUUGUUGGAGAAUUUCCUGAACCUCUUAUUUGCAUUCCGGAUAUCAAAUUUAUGGAUAUUCGGUUCAAUAAUUUCGAAGGAGAACUUCCGGCAGAGCUUUUUAAUAAAAAGCUCGACGCGAUAUUCUUAAACGACAAUAGAUUUACACAUACGAUUCCAGAGAAUCUGGGAAAUAGUCCGGCAUCUGUUAUUGUUUUUGCCAAUAACAAUAUCACCGGUUGUAUUCCUUCCAGCAUCGGUGAGAUGAAAACUACUUUGGAUGAGUUUGUUGGAACCAAUAACAAUUUAACUGGAUGUAUACCUUCUGAAGUUGGAAAGCUUGAAACAGCAACCAUUUUUGACGUGUGUGAAAAUAUGUUGGUUGGUGUGUUGCCGAGGACAUUGAAGGGGAUGGUGAAAGUGGAAAUGUUGGCGAUCGCGGAUAAUAAACUAACAGGUUUUGUUCCGAAAAGCGUGUGUAGUUUGCCUAAUUUGGUAAACUUUACAUUCUCUUAUAAUUAUUUUAAUGGUGAAGAAGAAGGUUGUGUGCCUCCAAGAAAUGAAGUUGUGUUGGAGGAUAAGGAUAAUUGUAUGCCGGAUAGACCUAAACAGAAGGCAGCAAAUGAUUGUAAUGUGGUUAUAAGUAAGCCUGUUGAUUGUAGCAAGGCACAAUGUGGUCAUGGUCAUGGUAGUGGUCAUGGUAAUGGUCAGGGUAAUGGUCAUGGUAAUGGUCAUGGUAAUGGAAAUGAUCAAAAACAAACACCAAGUGAGAACCCAUCACCUUCCGUGCCAAAGCCAGAGCCACAACCUACACCAUCUCCUACAAAGCCACAACCUACACCUUCACCUUCUACACCUUCACACUCACCUUCUACACCUUCACAUUCACCUUCUACAUCAACAGAGACUCCAACACCAAUUCCACAACCCAAACAAACUCCUUCACCCAGUCCACCAUCGCCUGACAAGCCCGAACCUAAACCAACCCCGACUCCGUCAAGUGAUAAGCCAGAUCCCAAACCAACCCCGACUCCAUCAAGUGAUAAGCCUGAUAAGCCAGAUCCCAAACCAACCCCGACUCCGUCAAGUGAUAAGCCGUCAAGUGAUAAGCCAGAUAAGUCAGAUCCCAAACCAACCCCGACUCCGUCAAGUGAUAAGCCAGAUCCCAAACCAACCCCUACCCCAUCUAAAGACAAGCCGGAACCAGAACCCAAACCAGAACCCACACCAACCCCUUCUACACCCAAGCCAGACCCAGAUGAAGACGAUCCUCACAAUGAAGCACCUAAAACAAGAGGAAGAUCUCCACCACCGGUUCAAUCUCCACCACCUCCCAUUCAUUCACCUCCUCCACCGGUUCAUUCACCACCACCUCCCGUCCAUUCACCUCCUCCACCAGUUCACUCUCCACCACCUCCAGUUCAUUCACCACCACCUCCCGUCAAUUCACCUCCUCCACCAGUACAUUCUCCUCCUCCACCAGUUCACUCUCCACCUCCACCAGUACAUUCUCCUCCUCCGCCAGUUCACUCUCCACCUCCACCAGUACAUUCUCCUCCACCUCCCGUUCACUCUCCACCACCGCCAGUCCACUCCCCACCUCCACCAGUACAUUCUCCUCCACCUCCCGUUCACUCUCCACCACCGCCAGUCCACUCCCCACCUCCACCAGUACAUUCUCCUCCUCCUCCGGUUCACUCUCCACCACCGCCAGUCCACUCCCCACCUCCACCAGUACAUUCUCCUCCUCCUCCGGUUCACUCUCCACCACCGCCAGUCCACUCCCCACCUCCACCAGUACAUUCUCCUCCUCCUCCAGUUCACUCUCCACCACCUCCAGUCCACUCCCCACCUCCACCAGUAAAUUCACCACCACCUCCUGUCCACUCUCCACCACCACCUGUCCACUCUCCACCACCACCAGUUCGCUCUCCUCCACCACCUGUCCACUCCCCACCCCCACCAGUUUUCUCACCUCCACCACCUGUCCACUCUCCACCUCCACCAACUCAGUCACCUCCUCCCCCAGUUCAAUCACCACCUCCAGAAUAUGAGGAAGUCAUUCUUCCCCCUGACUUUGGUUCUUCCUAUGCAUCACCACCUCCACCAAUCAUUGCUGGAUACUAAA